CAGGGUGAAAAAAGUUUGAUCGCAGCAAGCUGGGCGAUCAUAGUGACCAGAUUUUUUUUCUUUAAAAAGUGAAAACCAAAAAAGGAGAGGGAAGAAUGAGGAUUUACCUUUCCUUGGGGGUGCUGUUCUGUGCUGUCUCGACGCUGAACGCUGCCACUGAUAAGGUGGUGUGUUAUUUCGGCAGCUGGGCAACCUAUCGGGUAUCGAACGGUAAAUUUGACGUCGAAAACAUCAAUCCCAGUCUGUGUACGCAUAUUAUCUACUGCUUCGUGGGGCUCGAUUACACUUCCUACACGGUUAAGCAUUUGGAUUCAUAUGCUGAUAUCAGUUUAAAGGGGUUCACUCGGUUUAUGGCUCUGAAGAAAACAAAUCCAAACGUCAAAUUGCUUCUGGCGAUCGGCGGCUGGAACGACGGUUCGGUAGCUUAUUCCAAAAUGGCUGCCUCAUCAACAUACAGAUCGACUUUCAUUCAGUCGGUGGUUAGUCUACUCAAAACGUACGGAUUCGAUGGUUUGGACGUUGACUGGGAAUAUCCGACACUGAGGGGAGGUGAUCCGGAUGAUCGUAUCAAUUUUAUAACGCUGCUAUCGGAGCUGCGCGGUCGCUUUAACAGUGAAGGUCUGCUGUUGAGUAUCGCAGUGGGUGCCACGAAAGAUUAUCACCGAUCGGCUUACAAUGUUCCGCAGAUCAACCAAUUUGUAGACUUCGUUAACGUGAUGACGUACGAUCUGCAUGCCUACUGGGACGCACAAACCGGCCACAAUUCGCCGCUGUACGCGGCGACCUGGGAAAUUGACUCCGUUACCAGUAUGUACAAUGCGCGGGAAGAUUGCGCCGCGUUGAAUUAUGUUUACUCUGAUGCUUGUUGUUACUAA